AUGGAUCAAGCACCAGCCAUCACCCACAACCUCAUCAACAACCCUCCAGAGGAUCUUCAAAGCCUCAUGGCUGAUCCGCGCACAACCGACGAGGCGAGAUCAGCCAUCGCCGACAUUGCUCAACCGGGCACGGCCUUUUCCAAGACGAACGGUACGAGCCAUGGUCGCUUGCAGAUCGUGAAUGAGCACCAAGAGUUCUCAAAAGAUCUCUCGCCGCAUCUCGCCAAGUGGGGCCUGCUCGACAAAGGCUUCGCAUACGAUGUCGUUGCAGUAUUUGGCUCGCAAUCGACGGGCAAGUCGACCUUGCUCAACCGGUUAUUUGGAACGUCUUUCGAUGUCAUGGAUGAGAGCCGGAGACAGCAGACGACCAAGGGGAUUUGGAUGUGUCCAUCAGCCUACGGCUCCACCUUGGUGAUGGACGUGGAAGGUACGGAUGGGCGGGAAAGGGGCGAAGACCAAGACUUUGAGCGCAAGUCGGCACUUUUCAGCUUGGCCAGUACAGAAGUGCUGCUUGUAAACCUAUGGGAACAUCAAAUCGGUCUCUAUCAAGGCGCGAAUAUGGGACUGCUCAAAACCGUAUUCGAGGUGAACCUGGGACUCUUUGGGGGAUCAGCGGAAUCGCGGCAACAGCCAAAAGAGAAAACUCUCAUCCUCUUUGUCAUCCGGGACCACGUCGGCGCGACCCCCAUGGCCAAUCUGACCGGAACGCUCAAAGCAGAUAUGGACAAGAUCUGGGCCAGUCUGUCAAAGCCCUCUCACCUUGCCGACGCCACUCUGGAUCAAUACUUUGACCUCUCCUUCGCCGCUCUCCCUCACAAGGUUCUAAUGCCGGAAAAGUUCGAAGAGUCUGUCACCGAGUUGAGAAAACGCUUCACCGAUCGAACUCGCCCCGACUACGUCUUCCAGCCCUCAUACCAUAAGCGCAUCCCCGCUGAUGGUGUUUCAUUCUACAUGGAAGGCAUCUGGGAACAAGUCCUCUCAAACAAAGACCUCGACCUGCCGACACAGCAAGAACUGCUCGCCCAAUUUAGAUGCGACGAGAUCGCCGCGGUCGCUAUGGAGGUAUUCCUCGCAAGCGCCAAAGCUGUUCGUCGUCCGGUCGAUGGGGGAAGCGUGGUAGAGGGCCUUGGCGCAAUGAUGCGGGAUUGGAUGGAGGUGGCCAUGGGCAAAUUCGACAAGGAUGCGUCGAGAUACCAUGCCUCGGUAUACCAGCGUAAACGAUCCGAUCUUGUUGCAGCGCUUCACGCCUCACUCUCGCCUCUUUUCCUUGGCCAGCUCAAGAAUCUGCACAAGUCGGCAAACAGCGGCUUUAGCAAGGAUCUGACGGCGGGUCUCAAGGAGCCAGGAUACGAUUUCGCCAACGUGGUCACAAAGGCGCGGAGUAGAGCCAGGGAUGGAUUCGUCCAAGCUGCAAAGGAAUUAAGCCUGGAGAAUACCGACUGGGAGUAUGAGCACGAACUCGGCCUCGUCGACGACGAUUUGAAACACAUUGCAGACCAGUGCCGCGCCGACGAGACCAAAAAGAUGGUCAACGCGAUCGAGCGCUCGGUUAAAAAGCAGCUUCUCGAGCCCGUCGAGGUGGCACUUAGCAAGCCCACCCCGACCAUGUGGGACACUGUCUUGGCAACAUAUCGCACCGUCAGUGCCACAGCCGAAGCGUCCUACCUAAGCAAGGCAAACAGCUUUGGCUGCACCGAUGAGGAGAAUGACAGAGCUUUGUCGACACUGCGUUCGCGGACCUGGCUUUCACUCCGGCGGAAGCUGGAGGAGCAGACAAGUGAUGCCAACUUGAUCUCUAUCUUGCGCGCCUCGUUCGAGGAGCGCUUCAGAUAUGAUGAGGCUGGCGUGCCCAGGGUUUGGAAGCCCGAGGACGAUAUCGAAGCCGCCUUCACCAGGGCCAAGGACGAGACACUCGCCUUGCUUCCCCUGUUUGCCGAAAUUACCUCCGAUCAUCUCCCCUCAUUACCACCUGCUCCGGACAACGAAGACGAUGCUGCCCCAUUCGAUCCUUCCACAGCAUUCACCCUCCUCACACCCACCAAAUUACUAGCGCUUGAAAGUCGAUUCAAGCGCGAGGCAGACGCAGCCUACGUUGAGGCUAAGCGAUCUAUGGUAUCCAGCGUCGCACAAAUCCCCGUAUGGAUGUAUGGCGCCCUUGCGGUGUUGGGGUGGAACGAGGCAAUGACCGUGCUGUUCAACCCGCUCUACUUUGCCAUGUUGCUAGUUAUCGCCGCGUCUGCAUACCUUGUCCUGCAGCUUGGCCUCGCUGGACCGUUGGUACAGAUGUCACGCACCCUGAUCAACGAGGUCCGGAAGAUCGCCACCGACAAGUUACGGGAAGCAUUUGCCGAGCCAGAGGCAAGGCUGGCUCAGCCUGUAGAGGCGGAUCCAAGGAGGGAGAAGUUGGAGGCGAAGUAG